UGAUUGCUCGCCGGCACCUGGGGAUCGCCGAGUAUUACCGGCAGGGGAGAGACCUGUGUAUAUACAACACAGAUCUCUACCCUGUCAGUUCCUGCACACUGCUUUGUAUGGCUCUACCAUAGAAAGCAGUGUGCUUAUAGUGUAAAGCACACACACAGCACACAGUGUAAAACAGCACACCGUUAACCCUUUGAUCGCCCCCAUGUUAACCCCUUCCUGCCCAGUGCCAUUAGUACAGUAUCAGUGCUUUUUAUUAGCACUGAUCACUGUAUUGGUAUCACUGAAGAUGUCAGUGACACCAAGUCAGUUCCCCCCAGUGUCAGAAUGUCUGCCGCAACCCCACUAAGUCUCUGA